CAGUUCCUUAUUUUCGUGUUUAGAAAAUCUUUUUCCUUUUUGGUUUUUCAAAGAAAAUUUCUUUUUUCUGUUUGGUCGACGGGAAAAUCCAGGUAUCCUGAUUUUAUAUAAUGGGUGGAAGUUCGAUUGAUGAUGACUGGGAGCUUCCUUCACUGUCUAGUGCAGUUCGCACUGUGGUCUUAGUUGGACGUACUGGUAAUGGAAAAAGUGCAACAGGAAACAGUAUUCUUGGAAGAAAGGCCUUCAAGUCCAAGACCAGCUCCUCUGGUGUUACAAGCACUUGUGAAUUGGAGAAAGCUGUAUUGAGAGAUGGACAAGUUGUAAAUGUUAUAGACACUCCUGGUCUUUUUGAUUUUUCUGCAAGGUCAGACUUUGUUGGCAAAGAAAUUGUCAAAUGCAUUGAUUUGGCCAAGGAUGGAAUCCAUGCGGUUCUUGUAACUUUCUCAGUUAGGACCCGGUUUUCACAAGAAGAAGAAGCUGCACUACGUAGCUUGCAAACUUUGUUUGGAAGCAAAAUUAUUGAUUACAUGAUUGUGGUCUUUACUGGCGGAGAUGACCUUGAAGAAAAUGAUGAGACUUUGGAAGACUAUUUGGGCCGUGAAUGUCCAGAGCCGUUGAAGGAAAUCCUUGUUCUGUGUGAAAAUCGCUGUGUGCUUUUUGAUAACAAGACUAAGGAUGAAAGUAAGAGGGUUAAACAAGUGCAGCAUCUUCUCUCCCUUGUAAACCAGGUCAUAGCUCAGAAUGGUGGACGACCGUACACUGAUGAGAUAUUCGCUGAAGUGAAGAAAGGGGCUAUUAAACUACGUGAUCAACAAGAAGAGGUUAAUUCCUUGAAGGGGUAUUCUAAACGAGAAAUAUCAGAUUUGAAGGAUCAGAUGCAGCGUGCAUAUGAAGAGCAGCUUAAACGAAUUACUGAGAUGGUUGAGUCAAAGUUAAGAGAGACCACUAUUAGGCUUGAGCAACAGCUGGCAGAUGAACAAGCUGCUCGACUGAGAGCAGAAGAGAAUGCCCAAAUGGCUCAGAUGAGGUCGGAUGAUGAAAUUCGAAAGCUUAGAGAAAAUCUUAUGAGAGCAGAGGAAGAGCUUCGUAAAAGAGGUGAAGGCAAGUGUGCCAUUCUUUAAUGUAAUUCUUGAUAAAGAUAAGUGAUAAGGAGAGUGAUCAUCAAACAUCAAAUCUCUUCCUUCAUUGAACCGUGGUUGAUGUGGGAGUUUGCUGCAACUGUUUGUGACAGCGAUUGAUAUUGGUUAUGAUUUGAUCCUCUUUAUGUAAAUUGGUAGGAUGCUCGCUUAAAAUUUCAAAUUUAUACCUAUACAUAUAUUUUAUGCCUAUAUGUUUCUCUAGUUUG